UUAGUUAAUUCUACAACAAGCCCAACACCAAAACAUCAAUCUUCCAUAUCCACAACAAAUCAGAAAGACUAAUCAGAGAUGGCCACGCUGCCGCUGCCGAUGACGACAGUGAUGCCACUCUCACGGCGGCCGGAGCUGAAUCCAUCAUUCUCUAUUCAUAAACUCUGUAAGAAACCCAAAUCUAGAUCCAUUUUCAAAAACCCAAUAAAUUCAAUCACUCCCCUGUUCUUAUUCGCUAGAGGAAACCCUAAUGAACCCAUUCGUGGCCGGAAUAAAACAACCGAUGUUUCUCUUAUCGGAGCUGGUUUGAUCCUGACUACACUUAUGGCUACUCCGGUUUAUUCUGCUGAAAGUAAUUUCCUUCUAUUGAAUGAACCUUCAAACGCCUUAUCCAUACCCACAUGGGCAAUCCAUAUCUCAUGCGUAAUUGAAUGGAUAACUGCAAUGGUAUUGGUUUGGGAAUAUGGGGAGAAAUCUGGAAAUGAAUCAUGGAAAGGGCUUUCUUGGGGGAUGGUACCUCUGCUUGGAGGAGCACUUUGUUGUUGUACAUGGCAUUUCUUUUAUAACAAUGAAUCACUUGAGGUUUUGGUAACACUUCAAGGGGCAUUGACAGUUAUAGGUAAUGGUACAUUGUGCUUGGCUGCAUUCAGAAUAUAUAGUUCUUCACAAGAGCAAUCCAAAAAAUUGUAAAUAUUUAUUUUUUAAAGUUAAUGUGAAUCAUUUCGAUUUUUCGGUAGUUGUUAUGUUAAUGAACUGGGGAUUAUAGGAUUAUGUGAGAAACUAUAGAGAUUUGGGAAUGUGUGAACCUUAUAAUGCAAUCGCCGUUCAAUAAUUGAAGUCGGCAUUCUAUGAA